CUGUCUUGUCUCACUGUCUUUUUUCUCUCAAGUUUCAAGUGCCCUAAAUAAAAACCUCUUUCCCCUUCUCUCUCUCUCUCUGCAGAAGAAGGUCAGAUACAGAAACUGACUGCAAAGAACAAAGCUGCAAGGUGCAGCUAAGUCAUUCCUUAGUAAAAAGCUUUGUUCUCUUUCUUCUUUUGCUCUUCACAUCCCCCCAACAAAGACUUUUCUGCUAUUUAAAACCAGACCCUGGAAAAAGUAGCCAACACUCUCUCUUUCCCAUGGAUUUGCAACUGAAACAAUGGAGAAGCCAGCAGGUGCAGACAGAGUCAGAACCACAACCUUCUGCAGCUAAGAUACCUAGACAUGCCUUUGAUCCGAUUCAGUCCCAAACUGCAACUUCUACUGUUCUUCCACUCUUUGCCUCUGAACCUGCCUCUUCUAAACUCUCCUCCUUAUGUCCUGAUUCUUCUUCCAGGUUCUCCAAGAUGGGGAGCUUCUUUAGCUGGGCACAGUGGCAAGAGCUUGAACUACAGGCACUGAUCUACAGGUACAUGCUGGCUGGAGCUGCUGUUCCACAAGAGCUCCUUCUACCAAUCAAGAAAAGUCUUCUCCAUCUAUCUCCUUCCUACUUUCUUCAACACCUACCUCAUUACCAGCCUGCUUGGUAUUUGGGGAGGGGGGCGAUGGAUCCUGAGCCAGGGAGAUGCAGGAGAACGGAUGGUAAGAAGUGGAGAUGUUCAAGGGACGUCUUCGCUGGCCACAAGUACUGCGAGCGCCACAUGCACCGUUCAAGAAAGCCUGUGGAAACUCCCACCGUCAAUGCUACCACCACCACUUCCAUGGCUGCCCCACCCACAGCGGCACCGUCAUCAACACCAUCUGCCUUUGCUUUUGGUGGUGGUCAGGAAGUGGGUCAAAGAGGAUCAUCUAGCUUCUUCUUCUCUAGUCAAAGUUGUUCAGAGAUGAAACAAGAAAGCAACAAUAAUAAGAGACCAUACGAGUCCCAUAAUGGAUUUGGGAGCAAUGGAUCAGACGGAGGCCACAUCUUGAGGCACUUCUUUGAUGAUUGGCCUCGUUCUGAAGCCGGCAAUACUUCAAGCCCCAUGAGCUCAGCCACUUGUCUCUCCAUUUCUAUGCCUGUAAACUCUUCCUCAGACGUCUCUCUGAAGCUGUCAACUGGUAAUGAAGAGGAAGCUAGGAGCAACAACAUUGGGAGGGACCAGCAAAACAUGAGCUGGUGGAGCGGUGGAGGUACCAACCACAACCACCAUCACAUGGGGGGACCAUUGGCUGAAGCCCUGAGAUCUUCUUCAUCAUCUUCCCCAACCAGUGUUCUCCAUCAGCUCGGUGUUUCAACGCAAGCCUUUCAUUGAACAGUCUCAAACCAACGCAACUGUUUUGCUUUGUGUUUUUCUUAAAAUUUUCGCGGUAUAAAGAGAGGAGGCUUUGUUAUCAUCUUCCAUUCUCUUAAGCUUUCACAUGUAUCUGUAACAGUUCUCUGCAGAUUUGCCUCUCAAAGAUUAAUGUUUUUGG